UGAAUACCAUCUUACUUGAAUNUAUAUUAAGAAACUACAGCCNUUACAUGUAUAAAUGUGACGUUCCUUUGUGCGUGUGAAGGAUAGCGGACGUUCCACAAGUUGCCACGUUAAUACUCACAAACUAGUUUUAGAUCGAGAUUCAGAUAAGUAUCAGCUUAAACAAAGUUUGUUUUUGUCAAAAUGGCACACGAUACAGAACAUCCGUCAAACGAAAAUUUCGGUUUUGACAAAGUAUGUUCCCUAANGUGCGAGGAUACUAUUCCAUUUCACAUGUAUAGAUCUGUGAGCAGCGGCAUCACUGUUUGUAUUGUAGAAUUAGACGGUCCAAUUAUCACCGGUUAUUUUAAUAUUGUGACUGAAACAAGAAAUGACAACGGUGUUCCUUCUGCGCUGCAACAUCUCAUUUUGUCGGGCACCAAGGAACAUCCAACCAAGGCUACUUUAAAUCAAUGGGCGAAUAGAUGCUUAGGAGGCAACAUCGAUGGUUAUUGUUUAAAAGAUCGUACUUAUUUUACUAUGAACGCAGCUGGUAGCGAAGCAUUUCUUUCUCUAAUGCCAAAAUAUCUUGAUUACAUAUUUUUUCCUAGUUUAGAGGCUUCAGCAUAUCGUAGAGAGAUACAUCAUUUUGACAACGAUAAAAAUACCGGUGUAUUGUAUUGUAAACAACAGAAGAAAGAACAAACAUCAAGCGAGAUCAUGACUAGGAAAAUGUUUCAAGCACUUUAUUUGUACCGUUGUGGAUACAAAUAUGUAGUAGAAGGUACAACUAAAAAUUUGCGUGGAAGUACUACUCUCGAAAAAGUCAAACAGUUUCAUAAAAAAUUCUACAGUCUAAAUAAUUUGACUAUAUUGAUACUGGGUAAGAUAGAACACUGCAAAAUUUUUCAGGCUUUACUGCCGUUAGAGAAACUAAGUUCAACAGAAUCUAAGCAAUUGAGGAGACCUUGGCAAACUCCGAUUAAACAGCUCACAAAGAGCGUACAUGUGGAAGUCGAUAUACCAUGUAGUGAGGAAACCUAUGGCGAGGUGUAUUUUGCUUGGCGAGGACCGUCAGUGGUUACUGAAAUGUACAAAUAUCGCGGUUGUGAAUUACUCUUACUGUACAUCAUGCAAUCAUUCAAUGAUCAGUUAAUACCAUCGAUGGAUGGGUCUUAUGCGAUAAAAUGCGAUUCUUUCAUAUAUUCAGUUUCGACCUUGCGUAUGUGUUUUUUGAAAGUAUUAGCAGAAAAUAUUAAUCUGAUCCAACAAUAUCUUAAAAACAUAAUUAGCAAUUUAUGUGAAAAUGGUAUAAAUAUAGAGACAAUGAAAAAGUUAAUUGAUAAAAAUAUUUUGGAACGACAAAUUAAACUAGAAAAAAAUCCGCACGAUUUAAUAGCACAAUCAGUCUUUGAUCAUAUGGUGUAUGGAAAUACAGAUAAUGCUGAAUGUGAGAGUAAUGAUCUAGAAGAACGAUUACGCACUAUACGUCAACUCGAGAAUUUAAAAACCGAAUCUGUAGAAUAUUUUUUAGACUUGCUGAAAACUUACUUUUUCGACGUACCAAUGAUUGUUGUAAAAGGCAAACCAAGUUUAGACGAGUAUAAUAAGGUGCAAAGAGAAAAAAUCUAUAUAGAUAAACACAUCGUGCCGGAAUCUAUACCUACCGAAAUACUGACGAGUGUGCCUAUACCUGGCAUAGAUUCUAUCACAUUUUAUCAAAUUGAGAAUUAUACCACGGAAACG